UGUUAUCAUUCUAAAGAUAGUAAACACAUAUGCUUCCGUGCACCUUCAAAUCUGGUUAACGAUGGGGUUACAGAAAUGAUUGAUCCAUAUUUUUGCGAGCCUAGACUGAGACCAUGGACAAAAAUCAUUACCCUAGUUUCAGCCCCCAUUCCUGUGAAGUGAGUCUCAACAUGUGGUCAUCAUUACAAAUCAACGAUAUAAAUGUAUGUGCAUGCUCUUGUUAUUAUGAUACGCACAGGUUCACUACUCUUAGUCUGAACUCGGUAGGUAGUUUAAAGUGUGCAGCAUUUUAUCAGUUGUAUCAGAGAUGGUAAAUUGAACUAUAAAGCUCGGACCAUUCCGUACACAAGUGACGACAUCAGUAAACUAGUAUAAAAAUAAAUACAUACACGUUCUCCAGUGACAGAACGAGAGGGAUUCUAGAAUUAUACAACAACAACAACAUAUGUUUCCAAUAUUCACUUUGCACAAGGGAAGAUGCCGCUGCACUUGCGAUCCUAUGCUUGAAACAAAAAGCUUAGUUUUAUCGCCACUCUUCUGGAUUUUAAGCGUUGUAUCAUUCUUACUGAAUAUCUUUUCUUAAAAUUCAUCGUACUACAAAAUAUCUUGUCCUCAUUAUCGGAGGUUGUUAUGCUGUGCAUGGGAAUACUUACUCGAAAGGGUAUAAAAAUAGAGAGCGCGGUAGCAAGUCACCAACAGCCUGGUUCAGUGAGAUAAAAAACCUAAUGCUCAGCUCCAAUAAUAGUAGAAAAACUUACUAGACGCAUGCAUGGUCUGGAAUCAAGGUGGUUGUCGUUUGGAAAUCCAGGAGUUAAAAGUUAGCUCUGCACCGGAAAAACAGGAAAUUCAUAAAAUGUCUUCAGAGAGAGAAGAAAGCCUCCCGGAGGACGAGGGAGGAGUCCCGGACAAUGAGACCUUGGAACCGGAAACCAGAUUUCACACAAUCAUCAGCAAAGCAAAAGACUUCUUAAAGAAGAUAUACGCUGUUUCCAAGUCUCUUAUGGGACUGUCAAUUUUAUUAGUGCUUUAUUCUGUCAUCGGUAUGAUUAUGUUUCACUGGAUAGAAUACCAGAAUGAAUUAGAUCAGCGAGAAAAAGUUGUGAACUUCCGGGAAAAUACGGCCAAAGAGCUGUUUAAAUUAUAUAAUGAAAGCAUGAAUGAAACUGAGUGGAUUGGGAAGUCCCGGGAAUACCUGGAGCAAUAUGAAGAUUUGAUCAGAAACACGCAAUAUGAUACUACACAAAAACCGCUUUGGAAUAUGUGGGGGGCUCUGUUUUUUUGUGCCACCAUCUAUACAACCAUAGGUUAUGGUCAUAUCAUACCAAAUACAGAUUUUGGAAAAGUCAUGACGAUCUUUUAUGCAACCAUUGGCAUACCCUUGGCUUUAAUGGUGUUAGCAGAGGUCGGUAAAAAGUUAACUGUGGGAUUAAAGUUCCUAUGGAAAUUUGUCAGAAGGUACUAUUAUACAGGAUACUGUGUCAAAGUUCGGCAGACCGGAACAACAUAUAUGAAAAGUGGUUUACAACGAGGAAAGACUGCUUUACGAAAGGCAUCUGUGAGAUCUGUUCGACGAUUAAGAGGUCGACGACAACCACCUAUUGAAUGCGAGAACAGUGAUUCACGGAGAGACAGUGACAUUGAGGCAGGAACUGAUGUCUUAAGCCCAACGGAACUUUCACUGGUAUCUCCGGAAGAAACGGAUCAAUUUAUGGCAGAGGCAAUCUCACUUGAGCAAGUGAAUCUUCAAGAAAACGGUUUUCAACAAAUUACGUUGAUGGUUCCGGAAACGGAAGAAACAGAGAGCGCAUGCGGUGAAUCUAUUACAUCAAAGGAGUCACAUGAUACGAACGAAUUUGAAAUUGAUGAAAACUUUAAUCUGCCACUUCCUAUAGCUUCUGUUAUCAUGUUGAUAUACAUCUUUUUGGGAACUUGCUUUUACAUGAUCUUGGAACAAUGGAAUUUCAUCGAUUCAUUUUAUUACGUGUUUAUAUCGAUUAGCACUAUAGGUUUUGGAGACAUCGUACCUGGGCAACCAGAAUAUUUCUUGGUGUCAUCGAUCUAUCUGUUUCUUGGAUUAGCUCUAGUAUCCAUGUGCAUAAAUGUCGGUGUUGACUACCUAAAUGUCACAAUCGACAAAGCAAAAGUCCAAAUGGACAAAGCAAGAGAUAAAAUGACGGUUGUUGGUAGAAAGCACAUGAAAAUUGCUGGAAAACAUUGGGGUAAAGCGAAAGUGAGAGCCAAAACAAAAGUUUCAGAAGUGAAAUCAAGAGCACGAGAAAAAGCAACUGAAGUUCAAAAUAUUGCAAGAGACAAAGCUAAGGAGGUGAAGAAAGACAUAGUUUUAAAUGUGCAAAACGAACUUUCAAGAAUGAAAUCAUCAAGAAAGAAGAAUUCUUUAGAUUCGAAUGGAAAACCUCCUUCUGAGGAAAAUAUUGAGAGAGAAAGGUCUGUUGACAAAACUCUAUCUUUGAAGAGAGUGACACAUAGACACGAUAAAGACAAAAUUGUUAUAAAUGGAUCUCCAAAGCAUUUUAAUCCAAAUGGACCGGUUACAGAGUUAUGAGAUGCACAGGGCAAGUGAAAUUAUUCAACAUGCUGAGGGCACUUUCAAUUGAAUAAUGCUACUGAAUCUCCUUUCCAGACAAGAAUGCCAGAUUACCCAUUUGAAAAAUUGCUACAUUUUGCGAAUGAAUAUAGCUCAACAUGUAUGAUGUGAUGGGAUUUUUUUUUCUAGAUGUAUUCUAGUCAACAGUGAAUGCGUGUGGUAAAAUAAGAAAUAAUUCCAGGAAAACUUGACGCUCUUGUCAAUAUCAGAUUAUAAUUCAUGAGACAUUAACUUGCCAAAGUGUUGGAAACUCCAAGGUUGUGAAACAGCCAGACACGAUGCAAGUGCUUGUUCAGGAAUAUAACACAGUGUCAGAAAUAGAUACAUCAAAUAUGUAUUUAUAUCACUUUAUCAUUCGUGCUUCCUGCAUACAAACAUGAAACAUGGGUGCAUCUGGGUACAGGGCGAGUUCAUUUUGUAUUUUCAUGUGUAUGGAAGAUAAAAGUUUGUAAUCAUUAUCUUAUCUUAACUCCAUGAACAUUUCCAUUUCUGUCUUCAACUGCCCAUAUCUGAGACAACACUUGUAUUACACAUAAUUCUGACUAUCUAUUACCCUUGCCUUUCAAAUUACUUCAUCACAUAUUAUUUACAAUAUCAUUUAUCGCCUCAUCCAAACACAAUUAUCUGGACCAUCAUCUGUCAUCUAUUAUAAAUCAGCAAUGGAUAUUAUACAUGUUAAAUUUCUUAUAAUCAUCAUAUCUAGUAGUGUGAAUUCUGCAACGUCGAGAAUUAAUUACAAACUACACACACACACACAGAAGGCUUUACGACUCGUGUUUCGCUUGUCUAAUGUUGGUUUUUGGAGAUUAGAUAUCAUUGCUAUAUGGAAAGAUGUCGAUUCUUGACUGAUGGGUCAAUUAAAUCACAUUCUAUCCUCUGCUUUUGGAAAAUAGAACACAUGUAAGUGUAAACACUUAGUCUAAGAAUCGUCAGGAAUGUUGUCAGUUGCGCUGAUUAGGACGAUCUAUAACCUGUAAUGUUUGAAACUUGAUUGGUUUAAACAUCUAUUGGCCUAGACGUAGUGCUAUAUAUAAUUAUACAAAGCAAAAACAAAGAUUUAUCCUUCUUUUCUUUACCAGACAUAAUACACAAUACUCCUAGUGUUCUGCAGCCACCAAAACGUUUUUCUGUUUGGUUGUCGUGGUUACUCUACUGAAGCGAUGCAGGAUAGAAAACAACGAUGUUUUGUAUCAUUUGUUAAGAGAUUUAUUUAAAUUUAUUUUCAUUUUAUUUUAUCUACUGAUUCCUCACUUAACUUUUUCCAUGAAUACACGUGGGUGAAAUUGAAAUUUACGACGACUUAACGAUAAUUUUUAUGAUCUGAAAACCGAUAGGUUUCCGUAGCAUUAAAUGAACAUUCGCAUUGAAACGAAAGACCAGAAAUUGAAAUAUAGAUAUUAGGUAGAUAGAUAAAACCCUGAUAGAGAAAUGUAAAUGAAAUAUUAAGUAAAUAAAUAAAACUCAGAAAAAUAUUAAUACGAACACAGUCUCGUCGAGAAAUCUUGGAGAAUACUCCCCCUGGUAGUUAGUUUACGAUACCAAUAACAUAAAACAAACAUGUUCGCAUUUUACUACCAGCACUUUACCUUUUGGACAUCUACACAGGUUUUGUAAUCAAACUGUGUGUCUGUCUUCAUAUCAACCACAGAGAUGUUUUCAUAAAUAAUCUGUCUUGUUAAAUGUAGAGAAAGAGUUGUUUGUAUGUGGGUGGUGUUGUUUGUAUGUAGGUGUUGUUGUUUGUAUGUGGGUGGUGUUGUUUGUAUGUAGGUGUUGUUGUUUGUAUGUGGGUGGUGUUGUUUGUAUGUAGGUGUUGUUGUUUGUAUGUGGGUGGUGUUGUUUGUAUGUGGGUGGUGUUGUUUGUAUGUAGGUGUUGUUGUUUGUAUGUGGGUGUGUUGUUUGUAUGUGGGUGGUGUUGUUUGUAUGUGGGUGGUGUUGUUUGUAUGUGGGUGGUGUGCACGUGGACUGGUAAUUGCAGAGAAAAACACGUGCCAUUACAAAGGGUAAUCAUCUCUUCAAAUACGUAACAGUUGUUUUGGUGACCGAAUAUUUGUGCGUCGGCAAUCAUAGCCCCUCACUGUUAUUUUCUAAAGUUUGUGUGUGUUAAGAUAUGCCUUUUUUACUUUCAUGAAUAAUUGCUGUUAUAUGUUUAUCAUCUCCACCAUUCCAGUUAAUAAAGAUUUUUAAAAUUGAUAUUACAAAA